GAAAGUGGAGGGGUGCCGGGAUGGGGAAAACGCGAGUAGGACAUUUCGGCGCGCGAAAUCUACAGCAGGAAGAGAGAAACGGCGAGUUUUUGGUUUUGAGUCAAUCAAACUAAAUUCCAUAAUCUACAAACAUCUACAUUAAUAUGGCAGAUCCGAAGGAAACACCAGAAGAGCAGGAGACUUCAACAGACAAUGCAGAAGAAUCAAACCACGAUCCGCAUUAUGAGCCCAUCGUGUCUCUUCCAGAGCAGGAUGUGAAGACACUAGAGGAGGACGAGGAGGAACUGUUCAAAAUGCGGGCGAAGCUCUACCGCUUUGCCUCUGAGAACGACCCACCAGAGUGGAAGGAGCGCGGCACAGGCGACGUCAAGCUCCUGAAACACAAAGAGAAGGGCACCAUCCGCCUAUUGAUGAGGCGAGACCGGACCUUAAAGAUCUGUGCCAAUCACAACAUUUUCCCUGUGAUGGAGCUGAAGCCCAACGCCGGCAGCGACAGGGCAUGGGUAUGGAACACACUUGCCGACUUCGCUGAUGAGCAUCCCAAACCUGAACUCCUGGCAAUCCGUUUCCUCAAUGCAGAAAAUGCUCAGAAAUUUAAGGUGAAGUUCGAUGAAUGCAAGGAGGAAGUCCGAAAAUCUCAAGACGGAUCAGGAGAAAACACUGACAGUGCAAACAAAGUGGCAGAGAAACUGGAGGAACUAUCUGUAAAAGACAAGACCAAGACAGAGGAAAAGAGGGAGGAGGAAAAGGAGAAAGUGGCAGCAGAAGAGAAGAAAUGAAGAACUUGCUUUACUGAUCUUCAACUUGUCAUUUUCUACAAUAGACUCUAAAGAAACUGAAUUUGGACACUUGCAUAUUGAUUUAUUUAGUUUUUUUUUUAAUGAUUUGUUUACCUUGAGAUCACAAGACCUUGGUGCUGCAAAAAAAAAUGAUCCAUUCAUUAAAAUGUGCCCCUCCCCACCCGCCC